AUGGAGACAGCGCAGGAGUAUCAAGCCUUCUCACCUUCACCAAAGAAACUUGGAGGCCUAACAUUACUGGCUUUGUGUUGUUUGGGCCUGCUCGGUUUAAUACUUGCAGGCGUAAUUGUGAUCGCCCUAAUACCUGUGUAUUUAGAAAGACAUGGCAUCAAUGGCCCUGAACGAGAAAGUAAUAUUAUUCAACUAAUUUACAAUCUGCCCUUAUCCAAUACGGCAUCAAUUGUUAGUGGGGAAGUACCACAAUCAAGAUAUGAAGUGUUACAAAAUAUACUACAACAACAGUUGGAUAAUGCAACCAGCGGCAGCCCAGCAAAAAAAACACAAGUUAAAGUGAUCAAUGUUAUCGUACAACAACCACAAAGCAUUGAGCAAGAGGUGAAAACACGUGGAACCGCGGAUUUAAUCUACUUUGCCGAUGGCAUGCGAUUUCGAAAACAAAAUCGCGAUGAGUCAUCGAUUAACCACGCUGCUCGGUGAGUCAAGUUGCGAUAUAUGACUCGUCGAGACCGCGGUUAAUCGAUGAAUUAUCGAAAACCGUGGUAGUCGGCUGACAAAUGAAAAUGAACGCCUUUUCCUAACAAAUGAGGCUUUGGAGAAUUUUUGUGCCCCGACUAUCCCAGAAGCUACUUACUUUCGAAACUUUCUUGUUUUUAUUAUGACACGCUAUUCUGAGUGAGGUUCAUACGUCUUUUGCGCUUAUAUGUUCAGGCCUUAACCCUUUACACCCGAAGACACUUUUAUUAUAGCUGCAGCUGAAAUAACUACUGCAUUGAAGCUUACAGUUCUUCGGUACAUCCUUGUUAUAUCUGGACUUAAGUAAUGUUGCUGUGCUGCGUGG